UGGUUAGGGCGAGGGUCGUCCGCGUGGCAGAGUGGUAGAGGUCGGAGUGUAAGGAGGGUCGCCGUGUCACCCCCUUUCCCCUGUGAACACCGAGCAUGGGGUUCGGAGGAGACGGGUGGGAGGAGUUAAAUUAUUGAAGGGGAAGGGGGAGGUCAUGUGGACACCACGCCCCUACAGGAAGGAAGGAAUGGGUGUGUGUGUCUGUGUUUAGGAAUAAUUCUUGGAGGGGGCUACAGGCGAGGGCUCCCGGACCGAGAAAUUGCAGCGCUAUGGGGCUACUGCAAGCAGGAAUUGGGCCUCAAACAUUCUGAGAGCUCUCGGGAGUGGCCCCGGGAAGGAGUUUGACGAAGAUUGGGAAUUACAUCCCUGGCACAGUUUUAGAAACAGAGAGGGAGGUGAGGGUUGAAGGAGAGAAAGAAUGCGUGUGGAAGAUGCCAGCAUCUCUGCCUGGAAAGGAUUUAGUUCAGUCUAAGAGAGCUGUAGGAUUAAAACAUUGAGCACCCUAAGAAGCUUGGGAGAUUCGAUUAGUAUGUGGUGCUUUAGACAAGAGGAGGGCAGGAGGAGAACAUUCUUUUCUGUAUUUCUUGGAGGACAGUCUUCUGGUUACUUUUCUGUAGGGAGAGUAGAUACGAGCCUUCUUUUAUCCUGAAUCAUAUAUAUCACACACUCUUGAUGAGGUGACUGUUUUAGGGUACAAUAUGUGAGUGAGGUAGGUACUUUAUAUAACCUUGUGGAAUGUUUAGCGAAGGGUUUUUGAGCUAGAGCAUAGUAAAGCUCUCUAAUUUAGGUAGGAAGUGGGAACUAGAAAGUCUUAGAACCCAUUUGGGUAUAUACUUGAUUAGAGAGUAUAUACUAGAACAUUAAACAUAAUGUUUAAAUGUUCCGCAGGUUAACACAGAAAUCAGCCUCCUGGACCAUGUCGUUUCUAAGACCUGUUUCUUCUCAUGAGUCUCCACAGAAGAGAGAUGGGCCAGUCCUCACAAUGGAUGAUAUCCUCUGCCUGAACAAAAGAUGGGAUAGUAUCUGGGAUCUGUCCAUCAUCAGACUGCGAGCUUAAUAAGGCAGCUGAAUGAAGGGAUGUAAUAGACUCCAGAGAGGGACACUGAAGCCUCCAGUGGGGGGGGAGGGGCCUGGACACACCCCUUCCCCCCCAGACUCCUCCCCUUCAGGGUCCACUCAGCCAUGGACUUUGGACCUGGAUAAGAGGAGAGAAGCUGCACUUUGUUUGUUGGAUCUGAUUUGGAAUUCUUAGUUGUGGCAAUGUGGAGUGCUGCAUGGAGGUUUGAUAUCUCCAGGGGAGCAGCUGAAAGAGGAGAAAGGUGCAUGGCUGCUUCCUAAUCCCGUAGCCCAGAAGAAGCAUCCCUAGGACUGGGUGAGUGAGCUAGGCAAGCCAAGGUCAGCCUGAGCCCUCCCCUUGCCUGCGCUCCCCUGUGGGGGCCAGGAUGCUGAAGAAGCAGUCUGCAGGGCUUGUGCUGUGGGGCGCUGUCCUGUUCGUGGCCUGGAAUGCCCUGCUGCUCCUUUUCUUCUGGACACGCCCAGCGCCUGACAGGCCGCCCUCGGACAGUGCUCUCGAUGACGACCCUGCCAGCCUCACGCGAGAAGUAAUUCGCCUGGCCCAAGACGCUGAGGUGGAGUUGGAGCGCCAGCGGGGGCUGUUGCAGCAGAUCAGGGAGCACCAUGCUCUAUGGAGUCAGCGCUGGAGGGUACCCACUGCGGCCCCUCCCGCCCAGCCGCGUGUGCCUGUGACCCCACCGCCAGCAGUGAUCCCUAUCCUGGUCAUCGCCUGUGACCGCAGCACCGUCCGGCGCUGCCUAGACAAGCUGCUGCACUAUCGGCCCUCGGCUGAGCACUUCCCCAUCAUCGUCAGCCAGGACUGCGGGCACGAGGAGACAGCGCAGGUGAUCGCUUCCUAUGGCAGCGCAGUCACGCACAUCCGCCAGCCCGACCUGAGCGGCAUUGCGGUGCCGCCUGACCACCGCAAGUUCCAGGGCUACUACAAGAUCGCCCGGCACUACCGCUGGGCGCUGGGCCAGGUCUUCCGUGAGUUCAAGUUCCCAGCAGCUGUGGUGGUGGAGGAUGAUCUAGAGGUGGCUCCGGACUUCUUCGAGUAUUUCCAGGCCACCUAUCCACUGCUGAGGGCUGAUCCCUCCCUCUGGUGUGUAUCUGCCUGGAAUGACAAUGGCAAGGAGCAGAUGGUGGACUCGAGCAAGCCUGAGCUGCUCUACCGCACGGACUUUUUCCCAGGUCUGGGCUGGCUGCUGUUGGCUGAGCUCUGGGCUGAGCUGGAGCCCAAGUGGCCCAAGGCCUUCUGGGAUGACUGGAUGCGCCGGCCCGAGCAGCGGAAGGGGCGGGCCUGUAUACGCCCUGAAAUCUCAAGAACGAUGACCUUUGGCCGCAAGGGUGUGAGCCACGGGCAGUUCUUUGACCAGCACCUCAAGUUCAUCAAGCUGAACCAGCAGUUCGUGCACUUCUCCCAGCUGGACCUGUCGUACCUGCGGCGGGAGGCCUACGACCGGGAUUUCCUGGCCCGUGUCUAUGGUGCUCCCCAGCUGCAGGUGGAGAAAGUGAAGACCAAUGAUCGCAAGGAGCUGGGGGAGGUGCGGGUGCAGUACACGGGCAGGGACAGCUUCAAGGCCUUUGCCAAGGCCCUGGGUGUCAUGGAUGACCUCAAGUCAGGGGUGCCCAGGGCUGGCUACCGGGGCAUCGUCACCUUCCAGUUCCGGGGCCGCCGUGUCCACUUGGCUCCUCCGCAGACCUGGGAUGGCUACGAUCCCAGCUGGAAUUAGCAGCACCUGACUGCUCCUCCUGGGACUGUUCUUUGCCAUAUCAUGAGCUGAGAUGGGACCACAGUCCUCGGGCUGCAUUGUCCUGUCUGUGUUUCCCUCUUGGGCCCAUUUAUCUUUUUUUUUUUUUUGAGUGGCAUUUGAGUGCACAGAUGAUAAUGUGAGGGUUAUUCUCUCGUUCUCAAGGGAGUCAGACCAGGGGAACCAUUUUGGAGUCUACUGGAGGGUGUUAAGCAAGAAACCACUGUGUGGUAGGGGACACUUGAGCUUGUUGGGGCCAGAAAUGUCCAUGUCCUGAGCUUUCUCUGGAGGCAUCUGCAGAGAGAUUGGCAACUUCAGCUCUCUUGACCAGGCCCCUCUCCCUGACUGGCUCUUGGAGCCAGGGCAUGAGCCCUUCUCCUCUACCUGUGCCCUUUCUCCCCUUCUCCCAGUUGGGGCCCUGGGUUAUGGGAGAAAGGGGCAUAUUUGUGGCCAAAAUGAGACUAACCAAAAGGGCUUUCUUGUCAGGGCGAGGGUGGCGUUGUCUUCUUAUCCUUGACCUCUGCCUAGCCGUUCUUUCCCUGCAGCCUAGCAAUUUGUGGUUCUGAGAUGGAAAGUUGAAGGGGAAAAGCAAGACCUCUCCUCAGUUCAUGUUCAGCUGUUGGGGGAGAGGUGGUGGAAGGAAGGCCUCAGGCUGGGACAGCUCCUGCCUCAUCUUGCUUAGAGAGACACUGUCCCUUGAGCCCCUUCUUUCUGAAAAUUGGUCCCCUCCCUGUUGCUUUAGGAGGGUUCCGUGCCGUGCCGGCUUGGUGGAAGAUGGAAUUUAGCUCCGUGUGCCCCUUUUUUUCCCCUGGGGUUUAGUGCACAGGCUACUCUCUGAGGGCUGUGGCUCUGAUGGCCUCUCAUAGUGAGGGGGAGCAGCCAAGACCUGGAAGGCUUGGCCCUGGCUGCCGCCUGCCCUCGGGCAUCUUCGUGUCUUCACAGGCCAGGUUACACAUGGCAGGUUGGAGGGGAAUUUGUGUGUUUUUGUUUGUUGCCUGACCUCAGUUUCAUGGAAAAAUGUGGAAGCUACAGAAUUAUUUUGAAAAAUAAAGGCUGAAUUGUCUCAAAAGUA